GUCUUCAGACUGCAAAUUGCACAUUUGAACUAUAUCGAAAACAAAUCAACUGACUGGUUUACAGUCGGCACAGUAUUUGAACCAUAUUUCUAAGCGGGAAGGCUGUUCAAAACCCAACCGGUGACUCUACUUAGAUUCUUUGAUCAGCAGCGAUUGAGAAAUUUUCAAAUUUCAAUGUUGAUGGAACGUGGAUAAAGAAAAGUGGAUUUGAAGUGAAGUUAUCCAUAUUUUGAAUCAAUCCAACAGCCUCAAAGAAGAAGUACAUAUGACAGGGGUAGUUGAAAGUGUCUUUGGUCCAGUGAAGUCACACUAAUGGCUGUGAUAUAAAAUCAAGCAUCAUUUGACCUUAGAACAUUUUCUCGCACUGACUUGAACAAGUACUUCUAUACUUUGCAUUGAUUUACUGUGUAGCUAUGUGGCCUAUACCACCGCAUCGAUCCAUACAUCGGUGUUGUUUAUUGGGAUAUACUUGUCGGGGUAUUGCUUCUAAGCCCAUGUAGUGAUACUAAGAUCUAGAUUAUGAGCGAGUCAUUGGGCGGUGUAGGACCAGGAAGGCUCCGCCGCCCUUACAAUGUCGAGCACGAGAAGGUCUAUUCUAACACAUCCUCUAAGAUUUACUCUACCAGUAGUCGCAAAGCAGUGCCAAUCUGUGACGCAUCUACAUCACAGCAUAGUAGCGCACACUGCGAGCCGAGGAGAGCGACAUAUUUUCCUUCUCAUGACAGAGACCUGCCAUACAGUCAAACACAGUUUCACACACUAGCUAUACACAAUGAGUCGGCGCGGCAAGAUUCUUUACUCGGCAGCGUUCAACAUACGACAACCACGUAUAAUGCGGAGAAGGGGCUCACUGAUAUAGCGCAACAUACUGUUAACCAACCAGGACAAUCUCAUAGUGCUGAACAUCGAGUUAACAGUGCCAUGAGGAUCGACGAUGCGAAUGAAAGUUCCGAAGGUUAUCGGAUUGCCAAUAGUGAAGGGGUGUGUGGCAUAUCAGUGGUCGGUGGAUAUAUACCACCAGGUACUGUUAAUCAAGUGCGAGGUCUCAAGGUGGAGUCGAACAUACAAGUGACAGUUGAUCGCUCACAUGUGCGAUCGGGGAGAACCUCCUUAAGCGUAGCGAGGAAUCACUCAUUUGCAGAAAGUGAAGCAAUCGGAGAUACAAAGUUUAGACAAAAUCCUCAAGAUCGUAGUGACAGUGGUUUCACUAAACAAAAUAUUGCACGUGACACAAAAUCUCCAACGCUAUGUGAGAGUUUCGGACAAAGGCUCGGACUUCAUUCUGACACCCAGAUGCAGGGAACGACACUUAGAGAUACCGCGGAUGCUUGUGCAAUCGAAGGCGAUAUUCACCCUAUUCAUCCUGAUGUCAACCCGUAUUCGACUCACCGAGAGCGCACGCGUGUACGUGGCGCGUUAUGGAGGCCCCUCGAAAUCGCUGCAAUCGGUGUCACUCCUGGAGAAAAUAUUAUAAAUGAUGACGCACAAGAGACGCAUAUAAACGCCCAAAGGCGGCAACAUCACAAUGUAGAACAUACACAAGGCACAACGAAAAAGUGCACUUGGAACGAUCCAAGUCCAGGCGCGUAUAGAGGCGGAAGGUCUGCGCCUGUGGCCACAACCAAGGGAGCGGACAGCUUUGACCUCCCGGCACGAGCAUUUCGUCCACAAGCAAGCGAAUCAGCACCCAACGGCGAUAUCGUUAUGUAUGAGAGCGACGCGAAUAGCCAUACUUUCGGGACGGAACCUGUACCCAUUUGCUCUGAACAGAAUCAAAUAAGGCAACGCUCACCGAGUAGAGGAUCUAGUCGUCACGCAUACCAUACAAAAUGGAGUUACCCCCCCGACAGCGAACGUACAAGCAAUUAUAGAUAUAGAAGACCAAUCGCAAAUCGUGCCCAAAAGCCACAGGCAAUCUCGAUUGUACGUGAUACAGCAUCCACACAGGCACACUCCGAUAGGCAGCGUUUCAGUCGCAAAGGAGAACAUACAAGCACAGGGUCAGACUAUCUUAGAACUGACUACAACGCCUUGAAUGACCACAGCGAUAACAGUAGCACGGUCAGUCACCGCAGCUACACACGACAGCCCAAGAGUGCCCCGGACCUUCACAUGGCCGCGCACCAUCACACGCAGACCUUAUUAGAUAAGCGGUACGCGCAGAGAGCAUACAGCAGCAGACCGCACGCAGAGUGCACUCGAAGGCAAAGUGACAACACUAUAAAAAGCAAAACCAGGCAUCAGAAUUCAAGCCGACUGCGGCGCGACCGUGUAUUGAAAUCGCCAGCGCGGGACGCAAUCACAUCUCUUUACUUAGCGCGAAGUUCCCACGACAGUUCCGACUCAGUGUACGCAUUCGAUGAAGAACUAUCGGGAACACACGUGAACAAGUUCGCAUCAACAUCACAGGAAUCCGUCGAUCGGUGGUCGGGUGAGCACUCACACACUCGCGAAAGAGCGCUUCCUUAUGAGAGACGUCGCACACUCAGCGGCAGGCAUAGUACGAGUACCUCCGGUAGCAUUCCACACGGGUCGAGAACCAGCCUUUCGCACAGAGCUUUGAAUAGCAUAUCGCACAGCGCUCUAAAUACUUUACCACACGCACGCACGAAUGAAUGGGGACAGCUUACAAUGGAGCAAAGGGACUCUGCCCUCUCAGUUAGUUCACAGAGGAGCGCCAUAUGCUUAGACUCUUUGCAGAACAAGCGCAGUCAAAGUAUGAGGUCGUGGGUGUCCGAAGAUCAGAUAUGUCAGCAAUCGGGGUUGAAUAGUAAUAGCACACGCGCAGACUCUGAGUUUCUGAAACCACACGCAACUUCUGUUGGAUCAACGCCGGUAAUAAUCGAGAUGGAGAGUUCAACGCCUAGUGGGUUGUGUGGCAGGCAAAGUCCAGCGAUAAAAGAAAGUACUGAGACAUCAGCGAACAUCAAGCAGGAAAACAGGUCGGCCAAGGUCGCUGAGCGCAGAAACCCACCUAUGCCCAAGCACACUUACUCGUCUCUGAUAGGGAAGUGUAUUUUUGCGUCGCGCGACGAGCGUGUAACACUUCCGGAGUUGUAUAGCUACAUCUCUGAACGGCUACCGAAUGGAAAGCAAUUACUCGCGGAGAGUUGGCAGUCGAGUGUUAGACACCAAUUGGCAAGCAACAAGGCGUUUAUGAAGAAGAGGUAUCCCAGCAAGGAGGGCGGGACUGCAACAAGGAAGUACUGGAGUAUCAAACCCGAUUACAGGGAUAUGUUCACCGAAACAGGUGAAUAUAUACCGCAAGGACGCAAAUCUGCACCCGACAUGUAGGAAUUAGAAAUUGAACUGGGAUCACACAAAUUGCUAUUAAAUCAGUAGACUUGACCUCGAGAUGGUAACUACGGCAGACAAAUCCACGGACUAUAAUAUAGAGUGAGUGUAGGUAUAGAGUAGAAGAUGGAUGCUUUCAAGAUCAAAUGGCAAACCGUUUAGUUUAUCGCGAUGGUCUAGAUAAACUAGGUAUCAAUGUGCAUAUAUUGGCCGGAUAUAACUAAGAUCUUCCUGCAUUUAUUACUAUGUUUCUAUGUAAAAAGUGAAGCGCAAGGGUAGACGAAUAAGUAUCCUCCUACAACCACUAGGAGGCACUGGCCUGUGACGGUGCAGUGC